AUGUCGUCUUCAGUCGAUAGUCAAAAGACCUACAGCAUCGCAUCCAUUCCAGCCGAUGGAAUUGGCCCAGAGGUAAUCAGUGCCGGUAUCACAGCUCUGAAUGCCUUGACAGAUACUCUCAAGACCUUCAAGUUGGAGUUCAAGAACUAUGACUGGAGCUCCGAGACCUACAAGAAGACCGGUAAAUACAUCCCCGAUGGUGGACUCGAGGAGCUCAAGAAGCACGACGCGAUUUUCUUCGGCGCCGUCGGCGCUCCUGACGUCCCCGAUCAUAUUUCCCUGUGGGGUCUGAGACUUGCCAUCUGCCAGCCGUUCCAGCAAUAUGCGAACGUGCGCCCAACACGAGUGUUCCGCGGCACCGAGUCCCCGUUGCGCAAGUGCGGGCCCAACGAUCUUGACUGGGUGAUUAUCCGUGAAAACAGCGAGGGAGAGUAUGCGGGCCAGGGUGGACGUUCCCACGCCGGAAAGCCGUGGGAAGUUGCGACUGAAGUUUCUAUCUUCUCCCGUCACGGUGUGGAGAGGAUUAUGCGGUUUGCCUUUGAGACUGCCCAGAAGCGACCGCGCAAGCUGUUGACUGUGGUCACUAAGAGUAAUGCGCAGCGCAAUGGAAUGGUUCUCUGGGAUGAAGUCGCGAAAAUUGUUGCAGCCGAUUUCCCCGAUGUCACUGUGGACAAGAUGCUUGUUGAUGCUAUGACUACUCGCAUGGUUCUGAAGCCUGAGAGUCUGGAUACCAUCGUUGCUACCAAUUUGCACGCUGAUAUUCUCUCUGAUCUCGCUGCCUCUUUGGCUGGAUCUAUUGGUAUCGCACCUACUUCUAACCUCGACCCUACACGAGAGUAUCCUAGCAUGUUUGAGCCCAUUCAUGGCUCCGCUUUUGAUAUUACUGGCAUGGGUAUCUCCAACCCCGUGGCUACAUUCUGGACGGCCGCGGAGAUGCUUGCUUGGCUUGGCGAGGAGGAGGCUUCCAAGCAGCUGUUGGCUUGUGUUGAGAAUGUCUGCGAGCAGGGAGUUCUGACUCGCGACUUGGGUGGUAAUGCCACAACAGAGCAGGUUACUGAUGCGGUUGUGGCAGAGAUCAAGAAACUUGCGGUUAGCAAAGCCAGAAUCACAUCAGAUUCCGGUGAUGGCUCAGUGUCUACGCCUCUAACGUCUUUACAUAGGGCCAUUAGCCCACCAUUACCCCGAGGCAGUCCCGGGCUGACCGAUGGUAAAUUGACUUCUGGCCCUGGAGGUACUGCUCACCCUACCAAGGUCAUGCAUUCGCCAGUUCAACUUACGCAUAUUCGAGACUUACCGGAUGGCAACAAUGUCGACGCCAUUCGACUGCGCGACAUUCUCGGAGAUCCCAUGAUCCGCGAAUGUUGGCAAUUCAAUUUCCUGUUUGAUGUGGAUUUUCUCAUGUCGCAGUUUGACGAGGAUGUCCGGGGUCUGGUACAAGUCAAGGUUGUGCAUGGAUCAUGGCGAAGAGAGGAUACGAAUCGGCUUCGUGUUGAGGAAGCUUGUGGGCGAUAUCCUAAUGUUGAGCCUAUUGUAGCCUAUAUGCCGGAGCCUUUCGGGACACAUCAUUCCAAGAUGAUGAUUCUUCUUCGGCAUGAUGACCUAGCUCAGGUUAUUAUACACACAGCGAACAUGAUCCAUAUGGAUUGGACUAAUAUGACACAAGCCGCCUGGCUCUCUCCACUGCUUCCCCUGCAAAAGGCAAGCUCAGUAGGAUCUCAGACAGACGCAAAAAUAGGCUCGGGCGCACGGUUCAAAAGGGAUCUCCUCGCUUAUCUGAAAGCGUAUGGACCUAAGAAGACCGGCCCGCUGGUCCAGCAAUUGGAUAAAUACGACUUUGGCGCCAUUCGCGCUGCCCUCAUUGCUAGUGUCCCUUCCAAAAAGCACGCCAGUGACUCCAGCUCAGAGGAGGACACACUAUGGGGCUGGCCUGCUCUGAAAGACUUGAUGAGCCAAAUACCCAUCCAUCAGAAAACUACAAGCAAGAAACCACACAUAGUAAUCCAGAUCUCUUCAAUAGCAACCCUCGGCCAAACAAAUAAAUGGCUCAAAGACGUCUUCUUCAAAGCCCUCGCCCCAACCCCACAACCAACAACCUACUCAAUAAUCUUCCCAACCUCAGACGAGAUCCGCCGCUCCUUAAACGGCUACAACUCCGGCGGCUCAAUCCACAUGAAAACCCAAAGCGCAACGCAACAAAAACAACUCCAAUAUAUGCGUCCGUACCUCUGCCAAUGGGGAGGUGAUACCCUCGCCCCGGGCCAAUGCAUCGACCUAUCCGAAGAUAAUCCCCCAAGGCGCGAGGCAGGCCGUGCCCGCGCAGCCCCACACAUCAAGACUUACAUCCGCUUCGCAGACUCAGACAUGAAGACUAUCGACUGGGCGAUGGUGUCGUCGGCGAAUCUGUCCACGCAGGCGUGGGGCGCGGCGACGAAUGCGAGUGGCGAGGUGCGCAUUUGUAGCUGGGAGAUUGGUGUAGUUGUUUGGCCGGAGCUUUUCCGAGAUGAGGGUAGUGGUGAUGCUACAUCUGCUUCUGCUUCUGAAUCCCUAGCCGAAGGGGAAUCCCCUGUGCCUGACGCUCUGAUGGUUCCUUGCUUUAGGCGGGAUCGUCCUGUUGUGUCUGAGGGGGUCGAGACAGCUUCACUGGUUGUCGGAUUUCGGAUGCCUUAUGAUCUUCCAUUAACGCCGUAUGGUGCAGCUGAUGAGCCGUGGUGUGCGACUGCUUCGCAUUCUCUGCCGGACUGGCGGGGGCAGAGCUGGAUUGUUUGA